AUGAACUACACACAAGAAUACGCCAUGGGCGAACGUCGGCUGCGUCAUGAGAUGCGAGAAAAGCCAACCAUGCGCGACACAUUCUUUGGCAUCAAGGCCGAGCCGCAAAGACCAACGUCGGUGGCGACGGAGUUCAUGGACAUGGAAUGGGACGAUGAGGUUCUCAGCGAGUUCGAAGACAACUCCCCUCGGAUCAGCGUCAACUCUUCUGGCGGCCAACCAAGUAUCACAACGCUUUCCUCCUACGAUGAGGUGUCAACGCCGAGGUCAAGUCGAGGUCGGAUGAUGUAUGCUGCGGAGAUCGAGUCACCAAGCAAAAACAUCGAGGGCCCAUCCGGUCCUCACCUGUUCCGUGCUUCCACUUCAAGCUACUUCGAUGAAGCCGUCCUAACUCUCUCCCCCAUCACCCCGAAGACGGCGCGGCCGUUCGAUGAGCCUUUCAGACACAUCCGGCCGCAACAGCCGCCGAUGCCCCAGUCUAGACACCAGAGCGGCCCCUUCCAGUUUACCUACGAAGAGUUCGAGUCAAGAGAGCUUGUCUCGUGGACCCCCGAGAUGGUUGCGCAGUCUAUGCUCAAUGCUGGCAUUGAGCUCUCGGUCGCCGGCCGCUUCGUGGAGAACGACAUCAACGGCCCCAUCCUAAUCACGUUGAAGUUUGAGGACCUGAAGGAGUUGGACAUCCCGUCGUUCGGCAUGAGGACGCGCGUUUGGAACCAGAUCCAAGUUCUACGGGACAGCAGACCAAGCUCGCCUCGCGCUCCGACACCAAUCCAGGACGAGCCCAGCCGGGAGGUCAAGAAGGAAACCCACGAGGUCAGGGCGGCGGAAAGACAAACGGACGACUGCGGGCUGAAGAGGAGGAAGAGCAGCAGGAGGAGGCCCAAGAACCCGUCGUACGACGACAUCAUCACUCCCAUGGAGUCCGUGUCCAUCGUCGGCAUCGAGCAAGUCGUCCCCAAGCCGCACCAAUGCCCCAAGGGCGAAAACUGCUCCAGGUACAAGAAGCAGCAGCGCCUCAUCGAGGCGUUCAAGAAGGAGCACCCUUUCGUCGACCUUGACACGGAGCAGGUCGUCAUCACCGGAAACCCUGGCAACCCGCAGACGGCCAGAGCUCUCGACCCCAACCAAAUCCUCCGACCCGUCUCGGAUGCGGUUCCGUCCGUCGUGGCGUCCUCAGAUGUCUUGGGCCCGGGCAAUGCCACUCCUUUGCAGUACCUGCAGGAGGCUGCCCUUCGCAAUGUCGUCGCCAGAGACCCUCAAGACAACGUGCGCCAGUUCCUGGACUUCCAGAAGCACGAGGACAGCACCGUGCCACCCACACCACCCUUCGAGAUGGCCUUCCCUACCAUGAAGGCUCAGCCCGAGGGGCUUCGUCACCUCCCCAAGCUCUCCAUCCCGGGCAAGCAGGCGCCGCGUGCCAGCCCUCUGAGGGCCUCUACGGCCCCUCCUCCCUCUCAGCACGAGUCGCUACCGACGCCUCCCCAGCACCAGCAAGGCUUCGUCCCCUACCACAUGGACCGCGCAGAGGCCAUGUCGCCGGACCUGCAGAGCCCGGUAAACCUCUACCGCUUCGGCACCCCGUUCUCCGAGAUGGAUGUUCCCGUCACCGCUGUGCCGAUGGACCGCGUUGCGCGCGACGUCUCCCAAUCCGUGCCCCCCGAGAUGAACUAUCGCCCAGGGACCGUCAAGCAGCAACAGCCGCCUCUGAGCCGAACGCAAUCCCGUUCCUCUGCCCGCCGCCCCUCGUUCCCUGUUCUUCCGGCCUUGGACGAGAACAACACUACCCCCAUCGCUCGCACGUCGCCCAGGCAAACGUUCCCUCGCACCUCGGUCCGUCCGCAGCAGCAGCAACAGCAGCAGCAGCAGCCUCUCCAAGCCCCUCCCCGUGUCAACUACCCCUGGUCGCCCAUCGAACGCACCAAGCCGUUCGAACAGGCCAUCCCCCCCAUCUCCCACCUCGCCGGCGCCCUCCCCGUCAAGCAGGCGGUCGAGGCGGCGCAGCAGGACGGCGUCACGUUCCAGGGCCCGAUGAAGAAGCGCAAGACCAAGAUGCUCCGCCACGAGUGGAACGACACCUUCUGCACGCUCAAGGGCACGCGCCUGGCGGUCCACAAGGAUGCCAAGACGGUGGACCGCACGCUCGAGUACGUCGACGUCGACGACUACGCCAUCGCGUGCUCGAGCCUGGCGUCGCAGAGCAAGCUCUCGGCCGCCUUCAAGGCCGUCCAGUUCUCGUCCCACAGCCGCGAGAAGAGCGACCCGGUCGCCGCCUUCAGCUUCCAGCUCAUCCCGCAGGACAAGGACAAGGAGGCCGCCAAGCUGCGCAAGCGCGGCAGCGCCCUGCACGGCUUCGGCCACCAUCACUCGUUGAGCUCGUCUUCGAUCCCCGCCGAGGGCGUUAACGGCACGGGCAAGACGCACCACUUCGCCGUCAAGAGCCGUGACGACCGCAUCGACUGGAUGCGGGAGCUGAUGCUCGCCAAGGCCCUCAAGCAGAAGGGCGACGGCUUUGAGGUCAGCGUCAACGGCAACAUGAUCUGA